GAUUUGUUUCCCGUGUUAUGACCUUGUUUACUUGUCGAGGCAAAGUCUUUUUGUAGCAGAAUUAAAAAUAAAUAAAUAAAUAAAUAACGUUUCCUGUCUCUACAUAAUGCACCUGGAGCGGUGUGUGCAAAGGAGGUGGAGGGAAAUGUUUUGGACGAAACAAGAUGGCGCGUCUUGAGGAUUACACGCUUCCUGUCUAGAGAAUUAUUUUAAGCAUUUUUCUCCCCCAUGGAAGCCUUUCGCUAGUUAAGAUCACUAACUAACUAGUUAACUAGUGCUUCUCAGUGGGAUUUAUCUGUAUUUUGGACUGUAUUUUUGCUUUUGGUUCACACAUACGUGCUGCAUCACGAUGGAUGAGGCAGCCCCAGCAUCUCUCACCGACAUGUGCCUGUCACUGGUGAGCUCCAGACUGGAGCGGUUCUGUGUGAAGCAGGCCGAUGGCUCCUUGUGUCUCCGUGAUCUUGUGGUCUUCCCUCAGGAGCUGGCUGACCAGCUGCUCUGCAAGAUGGCUACAGAGGGCCUGCUGAAUGACAGCACAGUGGGGAUUUUCCGCAACGUCCGGCAGCUCCGACUGCGUCGCGCAUGCAUCCGUACAGCCCGCAUUUCAGCAGAGGCUUUUGAGCGUGCUCUCUGCCUGCACCGGCUGCUGGAGCUUGAUGCGUCACGUGUCAACGCAGACCUCACCAUCACCGACAUCCUGCGCUGCCUCUCGGCCAGCAAGGCUCCACGCGAGAGCCUGCAACGGCUCGUGCUCAACGGCCUGAGCAUGUCGUCACUGGAGGAGUCAAGCGGCCGCUGCUUCAGCUCGCUGCAGGGCCUCAGAGCCCUUAGUGUGUCCAGCGUGGACUUCUAUGACUCAGGGCUUGUUGACGUGUGUUCACUGCCCCGUCUGGAGAGCCUGGACAUCUCUAACACAUCUGUAACCAACCUGACACCACUGCUGAGCUGCAAGGACCGGCUACGCUACCUCACCAUGCACCAGCUCAAGCGGUUGGAGAUGAGCUCCAAACAACUACUGGCCGUACUCAGCCAGCUGGAAGGUCUGCAGCAUCUGGACAUCUCAGAUGAUAAGCAGUUCAUGUCAGACGUGGCCUGGCAGCUUCUGGAAACACCAGACAUCCUGCCCGCACUGGUGUCUCUGGACCUCUCAGGCCGGAAGCAGGUGACCGACGCAGCCGUCCGGGCUUUUGUCGCGGAGCGGCCUGGAAUGACCUUCGUUGGCCUGCUUGCCACUGACGCCGGCUUUUCCGAGUUUUUGUCUGGAGAGGGAACCUUAAAGGUGACCGGGGAGGCCAAUGAGACUCAGAUCUGCGAGGCUCUGAGGCGCUACACUGAGAGGGAGGGCUUUGUUAGGGAAGCUCUCUUCCAUCUUUUCAGCCUCACGCACGUGAUCGAGAAAGCUCGGCCUGACAUCCUCAAACUGGUAGCUUUAGGGAUGAAGAACCACCCCACCACUCUGAAUGUGCAGUUGGCAGCCAGCGCCUGCGUCUUCAACCUCACCAAACAGGACCUGGCAUUCGGAAUGCCUGUACGUCUCUUAGGUCAAGUCACUCAGCUGCUACUAGAGGCCAUGAAGACCUUCCCCAACCAUCAACAGUUGCAGAAGAACUGCUUGCUGUCUCUGUGUAGUGACCGGAUCCUGCAGGAAGUUCCCUUCAACAGGUUUGAAGCUGCUAAGCUGGUCAUGCAGUGGUUAUGUAACCAUGAAGAUCAGAAUAUGCAGAGGAUGGCAGUGGCAAUCAUAUCCAUCCUGGCUGCUAAGCUGUCUACUGAGCAAACGGCGCAGUUGGGAGCAGAGUUAAAUAUAGUGAAGCAACUCCUGCACAUUGUGCGUCAGAAGACAUCUCAGGGUACAGUGGAUGCCACACUGAAGUUCACACUCAGCGCCCUGUGGAACCUAACAGACGAGUCGCCUACCACCUGCAGACAUUUUAUAGAGAACCAGGGCCUGGAGCUUUUCAUCAGAGUGCUGGAGUCCUUCCCUUCAGAGUCUUCCAUUCAGCAGAAAGUCCUUGGCUUACUGAACAACAUAGCUGAAGUGGGCGAGCUGCAUGCAGAGCUGAUGGUACAGGGCUUUCUGGAUCAUAUCAGGUCUCUGUUGCACAGUCCUGAAGUGGAGGUGAGCUACUUCGCUGCAGGGAUCCUUGCCCACCUCACUUCACGGGGCAGGACAGUGUGGACCCUCGACAUGUCCCUCAGGAACACACUGCUGGAGCAGCUGCACUCGGCAAUCCUGAUGUGGCCCACGCCUGAAUGUGAAAUGGUGGCCUACAGAUCGUUUAACCCUUUCUUCCCCUUGCUGGAGUGCUUCCAAACUCCCGGGGUUCAGCUCUGGGCAGCCUGGGCCAUGCAGCAUGUGUGCAGUAAGAAUGCUGCACGCUACUGUAGCAUGCUGUUAGAAGAAGGAGGACUGGUGCAUCUGGAGGCAGUGAGCUCCCAUCCUGAAACUCAUGGCGAUGUGAGACGAUUGACUGACAGCAUUCUGGACAGCCUUCAUCGCCACAGAGCGCGUACAGGCCACACCGGAGAGACACAGGCGCACACGCACAGAGAGAGAGACGUCCCAUGACACGGAUAACCCGUUACCAGUCUCUGGAUGACGCAUGGUGUACUACCUGGAAACUGUGUAUUUGUGUGUAUUUGUCUGUGUCCUUGUAUGGCUUGUUUCAUUACAUCCUUCAGCCUAUACCCUACCCUACCCUACCCUACCAAGCGUUCGUUUGCACAAAGCAAAUCUUUAUAAAAAUGUUUCUUGCCCUUUCUCUGUUUAGAAACAGUAAUGUUUGUUUCUUUAUCAUCUCUGUUGUCUGGGGGGAGGGGACAAUUGGGUGAAGAGUGGCAAGAACGAAAGAGAAUAGCAUGACAGCAUGUCUGCAUGUGCUGAGAGAGCAUGCUUUAGUUCCUCGGGAUGCUCAAUAUGCACAGACGGAUUGAGUCAAAUCCCAUUUCGACAGAUUCUUGUCCCUGUGGACACAUGGCAAUAAAUAUCUCAAACGUAUGUUUCUGAAACUCCGAUUUGUAUCGUUUUGAGAUGGCGUUCAUUCCUAAAUUGUUAUAUUUGUAUGUAUAUAGAUGUAUGCAUGUAUAUGUGUGGGUGCUCGAGGGUUUGGUGGUAAUUACUUUGUAUUUGUCACUGCAUUUGACUGCAUGAGAGGUUUCAUGCAAAAGUAUAGUACUGUACAUGGGAUCUACUGUGGCAGAUGACAAAUAUGCUGUUCUAAAGAGAAGUUGUGUUUUGCACGUAUAGAACUAAUGCUAUGUUGAUUUUUGCUUUUUCUAAUCGGAGAAAAAUGGUACAAAUUUGGGGGGGUUGGGGGAUAACUUAUAUUUGAGAAGCUCUAUGUAAUAAGGUCAUAAGAGCAUCAGAGACAGUGAAGCAUAGAUUAGGACAGUGUUAAACCAUGGGCUUCACUGCUCAAUAUUGCACAGCUCUUCUUUGGCCUGUUAUUCAAAUGUUGCAGAGAGAGACCACGCAACAAUCUGUGACACUGGCUCCAAAAUGGGUGUGGAUGUCUGUAUUUAACAGCCAGACAUGCCAGGGUAGGAUGUGAGAUGUUGAGCGAGAUGAUGUGAUUUUGGUAUCACACGCCUGCUUUGUCUGAACUGUAAGCCAAUGAACAUUUCAGACUUGCUUUCAUUUGGUUCAUUUCUGUCGAUGGUUGUGUUCUCAUGUUGUAUUUCUUUCCUUAAUCUCAUUUAGUAUGUGGGGCCAUGUACUUCAAUAAUAAAGACUUGAAAAUUGCUGGGAAACUACAUGGGAAAUUGCACACACCCCCACACACACACACUCUGUGUAUAUACACACACCAUGCACUUUAAUAGGAACACCCAUACACUUGCACAUUCAUGCAGUUAACUAAUCAGCCAAUCAUGUUGUAGCAGCACAAUGUGUAAAAUAAUGCAAGUACAUGACAAGAGCUUCAGUUAAUGUUCACAUCAAACAUCAGAAUGGGGGGAAAAGUGUGAGCUUGGUGACUUUAACCGUGGCAUGGUUGUUGGUACCAGAUAGGUUGGGUUUGAGUAUUUCAGAAACUGCUGAUCUCCUGGGAAUUUCACAUACUCAACAGUCUCUAGAGUUUACACAGAAUCAUGUAAAAAAAAAAAAAAAAAAAAAAACACCACAUCCUGCAAGCAUAGGGUCUGCAGGUUGAGGAGCGAUCAGAGGAGAAUGACCAGACUGGUUUGAGCUGACAAGACAUCUGUAGUAACUCACUGCACUCUUAACAACCGUGAUGAGCAGAAAAGCAUCUCAGAACACACAACACGUCAAAGCGUGAGGUAGAUGAGCUACAACAACAGAAGACCACAUCGGGUUCCACAUCUGGCAGCCAAGAACAGAAAUCAGAGGCUAUCAUGGGAACAGACUCACCCAAACUGGACAAUUGAAGACUGGAAAAAGACCAGAUGAUUCCCCCCCUCUUUGACCUGUAUCUGCAUGAUUUUUUUGCAUUGUACUACUGCUGCUGCUGCCGCCACAUGAUUGGCUGAUUAGAUAACUGCCAGAAUGUGCAGGUGUUCCUAAUAAACUGGAUGUUGAGUAUGUUAAUUGGUGUGUGAAUCUAUAUCAGAUACCAAAGAAAUGAUCCAUUUUUGGGCAAACUCGUUACUUGACCAUGUGGUAUGUUGCCUUAUAAUGCCUGCCUGAAUUGCCUUUCUAGCUGUUAUUAACAUUGUUUACAAUUGGAUGCAUUAUAAAUGAAACAAUCUACCUAGAUAGAGUUCCUCACAUUUAAACAGCUUUCGCACAUUCAAAAUCUCUUUUAAGUACAGGAUCGGGGCUCUAACAGGAUCUGAAUUGCAGACUGUCACAUGAAUUUUACUAAAGGUUACAUUUCACAUAGCUAUAUAUUUAUGUACCCUUCUACACAUGGCGAGCGUCUGUAGGUAGCAUGAAAUAUAUCUUCAAUUAACUACCAACCAUGUCAGAAACGACUGCUGGAUCAUCCACAGUGAAAAUGACAAUUCAUGAACGUUGUGGUAGACUGAAAGUUUACUGAAAGCACCUAUUUGUAGGUAAAAAUACAAGGUCAUGCAUUCAAACCUUUUCAUUCAAGUGAGGAAAAACCUGGCUGUUGCUCUUUGGGUAUAAUUGGACUAAACUCCAUAGCAUUUGGGUCAGUUAUCUAAACACACAUCGGGUGUACAUGGCCCCUCAUAAACUUUUUUUUAAAACCAACACAUAGCAUCCAGAUAAAGUAAAAGUCAUAUUGUUGCAAACCAUGUUUUUUUUUUGUUUGUUUGUUUGUUGUUGUUGUUGUUUUUUUAAUAAAGUUAACCCAGACUGCCCUUU